AUGAACGGCCGAGGCGAGGUAGUGGGAGCUAGUGGCCGCGGUCGAUCCAGAGGCCGAGCAUUCCGUGGUAGAAGAUUGGUGCCUUAUUCAUGCCGAGCUCGGCGGCCUCGGGGUGCUCAGAUUAGUUCAUACCAUUCACCAGAAGACGUGGAUGAGGCCAGCUCAGAUGACUCUACCCAACCCCCAAGCCAUCCAUGGGAGCCACCGUGUGCGGCCACAACACUGGUGGCCGAGCCUGACAGUGUCACCUCACCCAUUAUCAGGCCGGAGCCUGAUAGAGUUCAAAUCGGUGUGAAUGCCUCCACGGAGCCUAACAGAGUGCCGUCACCCAAUCUAGAGGCAGAGCCUGCUAGAGUUCAAACUAGUGUGGACAUCCCCACAGAGCCUAACUUAGUGACCUCACCCAAUAUAGAGGCAGAGCCUGCUAGUUGCCAAAUCGGUGAGGACAUCCCCACGGAGCCUGUAGUGAAUCAGGCGCAGAGGAGACGUAGACGUGGGCCAGCCAAGUGUACUGAAUUUGAGAAAUUGCGAAAACAUGGAAAGGUGCUGUUGAAGAUAAACAAUGGAGAAACAGCACCAUGUUGUUCAAACGCCAACAUGUUUACUACACGAUUAACAUGGAUAGUCAAACAUCAUUGUGAUAUGAGUUAUCCAAGAUGGAGUGAUGUUCCCCAAGCACAUAAGGAUGAGUUAAUCGAUCGUGUUCGGGUAAGACUUUUCCACUUCCAUUUUGGUGGGUUUUCCGUGGUUGUAGUUUAA